CCGCGGCGAUCACCCGCGCUGGUCCGGCGGCCGCGGCGCCCGCCCUCGCCCGCGCCCCAUGGGGUCACAGAGUCCAUAGAAGAGACCACCCUGGGAUCCCAGAUGAACAACCGGCGGGAAGAUAUGGAAAUCGCGUCCCACUACCGGCAUCUGCUCCACGAGCUCAACGAGCAGAGGCAGCACGGCGUCCUGUGCGACGUGUGCGUGGUGGUCGAGGGCAAGGUCUUCAAGGCGCACAAGAACGUCCUGCUCGGCAGCAGCCGCUACUUUAAGACGCUCUACUGCCAGGUGCAGAAGGCGUCCGACCAGGCCACGGUCACGCACCUGGACAUCGUCACGGCCCAGGGCUUCAAGGCCAUCAUCGACUUCAUGUACUCCGCCCACCUGGCCCUCACCAGCAGGAACGUCAUCGAGGUGAUGUCAGCGGCCAGCUUCCUGCAGAUGACGGACAUUGUGCAGGCCUGCCAUGACUUCAUCAAGGCCGCGCUGGACAUCAGCAUCAAGCCGGACGCCUCAGACGAGCUCUCGGAGUUCGAGGUGGGUGCCCCCCCGAGCAGCGGCGCAGACGCCCUCAUCUCCGCCGUGAUGGCCGGGAGGAGCAUCUCCCCGUGGCUGGCCCGCCGCACGAGCCCCGCCAACUCUUCCGGGGACUCGGCCAUCGCCAGCUGCCACGAGGGCGGGAGCAGCUGCGGGAAGGAGGACCAGGAGCCCAAGGCCGACGGCCCCGCCGACCUGUCCUCCCAGCCGCUGUGGCCUGGCGACACGGCCUACGGGCCCCUGCACGUCAAGGAGGAGCAGCUCUCGCCGGCCCACUACGGGGGCAGCGAGCCGCCGUCCACCGGGGAUGGGGCCGCUCAGAACUCCUUCUCGGAGCAGGUGGCAGGGGACGGCUGGCAGCCCACGGGCCGGAGGAAGAAUCGGAAAAACAAAGACACGGUCCGGCACAUCACACAGCACGUGGAGGACGACAGCCGGGCCGGCUCCCCGCUGCCAUCUUUCCUCCCGACGUCCGGGUGGCCCUUCAGCAGCCGAGACUCAAACGCGGACUUGACCGUCGCUGAAGCCAGCAGCUCGGACAGCCGCGGGGAGAGGCCCGAGCUCUACGCACAUGUGGACGAGGGGCUCCUGGGAGGAGAAGGCAGCUACCUGGGAGCCCCCCUCACCCCGGAGAAGGACGACGCGCUGCACCAGGCCACCGCGGUGGCCAACCUGCGGGCGGCGCUUAUGAGUAAGAACAGCCUGCUGGCCCUCAAGGCCGACGUGCUGGCGGAUGACAGCUCCCUGCUGCUGGAGUACCUGCCCAAGGGCACCCACUCCCUGUCCCUGAACGAGUUCACGGUCAUCAGGAAGAAGUUCCGCUGCCCCUACUGCAGCUUCUCGGCCAUGCACCAGUGCAUCCUCAAGAGGCACAUGCGCUCCCACACGGGCGAGCGGCCCUACCCCUGCGAGAUCUGCGGGAAGAAGUUCACGCGGCGCGAGCACAUGAAGCGGCACACGCUGGUGCACAGCAAGGACAAGAAGUAUGUGUGCAAGCUGUGUAGCCGCGUGUUCAUGUCGGCCGCCAGCGUGGGCAUCAAGCACGGCUCGCGGCGCCACGGCGUGUGUGCCGACUGCGCGGGUGGCGGCGGGGCCGGGCCCCUGGAUGGCGGCGGCGCCGAGGGCUCCCCUGAGCUGUUCGCAGGCGACGGGCCAUACCUGGAGGACCCCGAGGACCCACGCGGUGAGGGCGAGGAGGAGCUGGGCGAGGACGAGGACGACGUGGGCCUGGCCCCCGAGGACGCACUACUGGGGGACGACAAGGAGGACGAGGACUCGCCGCGGGGGCCUCGCAGCCCUGCCCGGGGCACCGACAAGGACUUCACCUGGAUCUCCUAGGCUGGGCCGGGCACUGGGCUGCGGCCGCCCCCACCUGUGUGUGCCCCAGGCCCCCUUCACCUGCUCUCCCCCACCCCUCGAGGACACCUGGGGCUCAGAGGCGGGUGCUGCCCCAGCGAGUGGGGCUGGGGACGUGCGCGGGGCGGGUCUGAGCCCAGGGAGAGCCCUUGUCACCUCCCCCAGCAGGGGCGCGGGGCGGGCAUCAGGGGAGCCCAGGACGCACCGGUCUGGCGUCAGAUGCACCGUGGCCUGUGGCCCAGAAAGGACCAGCACUGGCUGGGGUCCCAAGUGUGGCCCCGAGGCCUGGGUCCGGGAGCUGUUAGGAGAGUUCUCCUGACCCUGGGCCCCGUCCA